AUGCGUUCUGGCAGAAAUAGACGGAACUAUUACUGGAACAAAGAAUGCAAUCAUGGGACUUGUAAAUUGAAUGUGCUUUUUGCAGGAUAUAAUGGGACUUAUAAUCAAUUAGAUGAGCAAGCUUACUUUAAUGCGGGUGUUCAAUCAGAUAAUGGCUCCCUUCUCUACUAUAUGCCUGGCUAUAAUCCUUACAGUGCUGGAUAUGUGGGAGGCGAUGGGAAGCAGCCUUAUCUAUCGUCUAGAUAUCUUCAGCAACCUGUCUCAUAUGCCUUUCAAUCCAGUGAACAAGAUCUGUUCGAUAAUGCAAAGUUUUACAUCAUCAAGUCAUACAGUGAAGAUGAUAUUCACAAGUGUGUCAAAUAUGAUGUGUGGUCAAGUACUCCAAAUGGAAACAAGAAAUUGGACACUGCCUUCCUUGAAGCUGAGGCUAAAGCAAUUGGUACUGGUUCAAGCUGUCCAGUGUUCCUCUUCUUUUCUGUUAAUGGAAGUGGACAGUUUUUAGGUGUAGCUGAGAUGGUUGGGCAGGUUGACUUCAACAGAAACAUGGACUUUUGGCAGCUUGAUAAGUGGAGUGGGUUCUUCCCACUGAAGUGGCACAUAGUUAAAGAUGUCCCUAACACACAGUUCAGGCACAUCAUCCUCGAAAACAAUGAUAAUAGACCUGUAACCUAUAGCAGAGAUACUCAGGAGAUUGGGUUGAAGGAAGGUUUGGAAAUGCUUAACAUACUUAAGAAUUAUUCAGAGAAGACAUCUAUAUUGGAUGAUUUCAACUUCUAUGAGAAGCGUGAGAAAUUUCUCAAGGCUUAAAGGAGUUUAAAACCAGCUAUUCAAGCUGAUGUAUUCGAGAAAGCUGAUUCUCUUAAGCAAUUCAAAGGAGGAGACAAGGUACUUGAGGAGGAGCUGAAGGCCAACUCGGCUGAUCCAACUGCAUCUCUAGUUUCUCUCUUCAAAAACCUAUUAAUUAAUUCAAGGCCAUUCAAAAGUAGUGUCUGAAUCAUAGGUUGCCUCCAAGAGGCAUUUUAUGACUAGGUAGUUCUGAAGCAUCAAAAUGCGUCCUUGUUUCUUCUUUUUGUGUUUAAUUAGCUUUAUAGGCAUACACUCCUCCCGCUGCUGUCUGGGCUUUUGGGAUGGCAUUUUCUUACUAGUCACUUUGUUAGUUUUGCCUUUGUUUCUUUUCUAUUGACUUUGCACUGUUUGUUUACUCUCAAAAGAUCUUUACUUUUUUUGUUUUAGACUAUUGCAGUAUUGAUAAUGUUAAAGA